AUGCAGCGAACCGUUCUUCUCGCUAUUACGCUGGUGUUUGUCUACAACACGUCGAAAGCAGUCAUGGCUGAGGUGCCAAAGUUGCAGCCGUUCAACUUUCCUCCGACCGUGAAACCAGGAUCACGAGUAUCGGCAAUGUGCUCCAUUACGUCCGGGGGAAGCCAGGUCACUCUAUCCUGGCUCAAAGACGGCAAGGAUAUCAGCAAUGUUAAGAACGUCGUCGUGGAUACCAAGCGGGGUGCCUCACUUAUUUUCGUGGAGCCCGUGGAGAUUUCCAACGCUGGAAACUACACGUGCAUUGCCAAGAACAGAGAGGGUUUUGACAGCUUCACGGCGUUCUUGGAUGUUCAAGCCCCUCCGUCAUGGAAAAAGAAACCCGAAGACGUUCGGGUAAACAUAGGUGACCGAGCCAUCAUUGAGUGUCUCGCCACCGGAUCGCCCGCGCCGAAGGUGAAAUGGAGGAAACAACUGAAAGAUGUCGAAACUGGAUGGAGAGACUUGGAACCUUCGGCUCACAUCAAGAUUCCUCACAACGGCACACUAAUUCUCGAGGAGGUGACCACGGCUGACGGCGGGCAAUACUCUUGCGAAGCAGACAACGGCAUGUCACCGACCGCUGUACUUGCAUUUUCCGUCACUGUUAACGUUAGUUUAGUAUUGCAAGGCCGGUACAACUACCUUACGAGGCACAAGGAAACGCAUCACACUCAGAUGUUCUCCCUCCAUUCUAUGCUCGAUCUCACAUUAAUCCGGGAAACAAUCGUUGACAUCUGCAUCCCGUUCGAUCAUGGUACUGAGCAUACCCUUCAGCCUCCGCAAACAUAUAUUGCAGCUUUUGGAAUGCCCCAGUCAAUAUUAUUGAUAACAAAUCUCUUAAACAUGACGGACAUCGUUGCCUUCAUCGUUGCACUGGGGCUCGUGUGGAACACGUCAAAGGCCGCUGAAGUUCCAAAAGUACAGCCUUUUAUGUUUCCCCCGACCGUCAAACCUGGAUCCCGAGUGUCGGCGAUGUGUUCCACUACGUCGGGGGGAAGCCAAGUAACACUGUCCUGGCUCAAAGACGGCAAGGACAUGAGCGGCAUGAAAAACGUCGUCAUCGACACAAAGCGAGGAUUUUCCGCCAUCCUCAUCGAGCCAGUGGACAUAUUUAACGCCGGCAAUUAUACCUGCAUCGCCAAGAACCGAGCCGGCUUCGACAGCUUCACGGUCUUCUUGGACGUUCAAGCGCCUCCUUCUUGGAGAAAGAAGGCAGACGAUGUUCGAGCGAACAUAGGAGACAGAGCUAUCAUCGAGUGUCUGGCUACUGGAUCGCCAACACCCAAAAUAAUAUGGAGGAAACUGCGGAGGGAAGAUGUCGAAGCUGGUUGGACAAACCUGAAAUCGUCAAGCCUCGUCCAAGUACACGGGAACGGAACGCUUAUCCUCGAAGAAGUCUCCGCGGCCGAUGCCGGACAGUAUUCGUGCGAAGCCGACAACGGCAUGGUACCAACGGCCACGCUUACAUUUUCGGUCACAGUAAACGCGCAAGAUGAAGCCGUACGGUGUCUUUGCUUUCGCGCUAUCGCAACCGAAGUACCAAAGCUGCAGCCAGUUAUAUUUCCUGCGACCGUGAAACCCGGGUCCAGAGUAUCGGCUGUCUGUUCCACGACGUCGGACGGAGGACAGGUGACGCUGUCCUGGCUUAAGGAUGGCAAGGACAUAGGCAGCAUGAAAAACGUCUUCAUCGACACGAAGAGAGGCACGUCUGUUCUUAUUGUCGAGUCGGUGGAGAUUUCCAAUGCCGGAAAUUACACCUGUAUCGCCAAGAGUCGGGCGGGAUUCGACAGCUUCACAGCGUUUCUGGACGUUCAAGCGCCACCGUCUUGGAAAAAGAAAGCCGAAGACGUCAGGGUAAACAUUGGUGAUCGAGUCAUAAUUGAGUGUCUUGCUACUGGAUCUCCAACACCCAAGAUCAAAUGGAGAAAGCGCACACAAGAUCUGGCACCUUCGAGCAAUGUCAAGAUAUACGACAACGGGACCCUGGCUCUUGAAGACGUCACCACGAAUGAUGGCGGAGACUACUCCUGCGAAGCCGACAACGGCAUGGCACCGUCCGCCACGCUAGAAUUUUCAGUCACAGUCAACGGUGAGACAUAUGCGACCGAUUCAGCAUCAUGCAAUCAGAACACUGAAAGAUAUACCACGUCUAGAGACAUCGUGUGCCUGUCUUAUAUUAAUGCGAAAUCUUUGGUAAUGCCUUUGACGGGAGCUAGACACACCAAGAAUGAAGUCGGUGUCCCGAAUUCGGGGACACCCAAUAGCCACAUACAUUUUGCUAAUAAACCGUGCGCGAGUACUCAAAUCAACACGAUAUCCCUACACGUUACAGAAGUACCGCUACACGAAGUACCGUGA